AGGGAGGCGAUGCGGCGACGAGAAACGAAGAGGAAACUGAACGCGCGUCACGGCACGGCACGAGAAUCUGUGCUCCUUCUGUUUGUCUGAACGUGAGCUCAUCCCCGCGUGCUUUCUUUAUUCACGGAUACUGAACGACCCGCGCGCGCACACACACACACACACACACUCACACCGGGAGAACAGGCGGAGAGAGGGAUCACUAUGGCGACGUUGGGACCGGAGUCCGCCCGUCCCCCGCUGUCCCAGCUCGGUUCUUCUCCGUCGAUCCAGAAUCACCUCGGCGGCGCCAAUAACCUGCCCCCGAACCGGGGCUUGGAGCGCGCGCUGGAGGAGGCAGCGGCCAGCGGGGUGCUCAACCUCAGCUCCCGCAAACUGAAGGAGUUCCCCCGGACGGCCGCAAACCACGACCUGACGGACACCGUUGAAGCAGAUUUAUCAAAAAACAGACUGACGGACGUCCCCUCUGAGGUCACACACCUGGUUGCCUUGGAAACACUAAACCUGUAUCACAACUGCAUCAGGACCAUCCCAGACAGCCUGAUCGGCCUGCAGUCACUCACGUCGUUAAACCUCAGUCGUAACCAGCUCUGCGCUCUGCCCGCCUGUCUGUGCGGUUUACCUCUGCGAGUCCUCAACGCCUCCAACAACAAGCUGGUGAGUCUGCCGGAGAGCAUCGGACAGCUGCACAGACUCAUGGAGCUGGACAUCAGCUGUAACGAGAUCACUGCUCUUCCUCGUCACAUCGGCCGCCUGAAAGCUCUGAGAGAGCUGAACGUCCGCAGGAACCUCCUCUGUGUCCUGCCAGAAGACCUGGCAGAUCUUCCUCUGGUGAAGUUUGACUUCUCCUGCAACAAGGUGUCCACCAUCCCCGUGUGUUACAGGAAGAUGAGACAGCUGCAGUGUCUGCAGUUAGAGAACAACCCUCUGCAGAGCCCACCUGCACAGAUCUGCAUAAAGGGAAAAGUUCACAUCUUCAAGUAUCUGAGCAUCGAGGCGUGCCGCAGCGAGAAGAUGCCCGACUCGCUCUACCUGCCCGUCAUCGAGCGACUCAGCCUCCACAGACCCACCGCCGGCAGUGUGGAGGACAUGGAGCUGCAGAAGAAGCAGGACAGCGACUCAGGAGUCGGCAGCGACAACGGAGACAAGAGACUGUCUGCUACUGAGCCGUCAGAUGAGGACAGUCUGAGUCUGAAUGUGCCGAUGAGCCACAUCACAGAGGAGGAGGGGAUCAGUAAAGACGACUCCAGUGAACACAUCAGCUCGCUCACAGCCGACACAAACUCUGACUCUGUGCGUCUGAUUGAGGAGAGUCCUACGGAGGCCCUGAGGGACCAAUUCAGCUACAGAGAAUCUUCUCUCAGCACGCGAUUCGUCAACUACAUCAAGGGUCGGACAGCAGCAGACUUUGACGAGCCGCUCAGGAUAGAAGAAGAUUCACACUGGACCACAGAACAAAUGUCAAAGGUCAGAGGGGGCACAGAGCUCCACAUCGACAUGAUCAACCAGCUGAAGGAGGCUGUGGAGCUGCUGCAGGACCCCAGCAGGGUUAACGACGAUCUGUCUGGAGUUCAGCUCUAUCCCGUGGAAAUGGUCAACGUGGACGAGUCGCUGAAUGGGCAGGACAGUGACGAUGGCAUCACCACACCAAAGAGAGAUGACAGAUCUCCACUCAGCGGACAUCCAUCCUACCACAGUCCUGUGUUUGGACUGAAGCCACGAUCAGCCCCACCCUCGCUGCCCUCCUCGCCCCCUUCUUUCUGUCUAGCCUCCUCCCUCCUCUCACAGGCCUCGCUCCUCCGUAGAGAUACAGCUCGUAGCCAUGACGACGGAGGCUUGCACAGUGGCGUGUUCCUGCGGAGCCACAAGAGUCUGGAGUCGGUCGACCCUCAGUUCACGAUGAGGAGAAAGAUGGAGCAGCUGAAGGAGGAGCUGGAGCUGAUGGAGCAGCUGAGAGACAGCAUCGAGAGCAGGCUGAAGGUCGCCCUUCCUGAAGACCUCGGAUCGUCUCUGAUGGACGGCGUCGUGCUCUGUCAUCUGGCCAAUCAUAUCCGCCCGCGCUCAGUGGGCAGCAUCCACGUCCCCUCGCCUGCAGUGCCCAAACUCAGCAUGGCAAAGUGUCGGAGGAACGUGGAGAACUUUCUGGACGCCUGCAGGAAGAUCGGCGUGCCAGAGUCCUCCCUCUGUUCGCCCUAUGACAUCAUCCAGUGCCGCCUGCAGCCGGUCCACAUCACAGUCCGGGCGCUGGUUGCCCGGGAUACAACCUCAACGCACAGGAAACAGGAAGCGGCAAUCUUGACCCCAAACCGUGCCCACCCUGCGGUGUCAGAGACUCCCUCAUUGGUUUCUGUCACCACUCAAACCCCGCCCCCUGCAUGGCAAAUCUGGGACCUUAUUAGCUCGAGCCUGCUUCACAUCCUCUGCCUUGUUCUGCUCUUCUUGGCCUAUAGUUGGAGCGAGCUCACGUAACAAUGACAACAGACUCCUGUCAGUCAACUCUCUGCCCCGCCCUCUUUCUGCACAGGCCACACCUCUUUCCUUUUUUUUUUUUUUUGCUGCAUUCAGGUCACAUGGGAAAAAUGAUGCUCAAAAUAAACUCAUUCUUUGAACGUCAGGGUUAGAGUAAAUCAACAAUUCUGACCAAAUAAAAUAAUCUCAUUCUAGUUAUAACAGAAUGUGCUUAAGCAUCAGACAGUUUCUGGUGGGUCCCUGGACCAGGCUAAAAAGAAUUCAGAGAGACCCGCCCUUUUCUCAAGUCUGUGGAUUAAAACUUCAUGGAGAAUCGGGUCGAAAGUUGUAGUGCGAGACAGCACUGUCUAAAUUUAACAAAUCUGUUGGCAAUGUUUCAGUUUCAAGAACUGACAACAUCCAGUAUUUGUGCAUUUUAGACUUUAGACAAUCUGCUGGAGUUUGUCUGCAAUUUAAAUGAUGGCUUACAGGCAACAGGUAUUGAUACUAUUUGAUUUUGACUAGCAUUGUCAAAGUUUUAAAAAAUCUGGUAUUUUGGCGACCCCAUGUGACCACAAUAAAUCAGAUUUUUUUCAUCAAACCACAAAUCAAACUAUCACUUCAUCCCAUGUGAUUUUCUCUUCCUAACGCCAUUUUGAAAAGUAUCAGCUCACAAACAUGUCGGUGGUUUUGCAAUAAACAGACUGAAACUUGUCACAGAAACAGGACAAGACGGAGCGGCAGGUUUUCUUAAAGUCUCUGAUGUCUUAUCAACAUGCUGCUGAACAGCAGAGAUAAUCUGAUGCGUGCAGGAUUUACAAAGUCUUAUUCCCUUCACCUGAUUGAGCCGUGAAAACUCUUUGGUUCAUUAAGGAUUCGGACACCAUGAUGGAAGAACGAUGGCAGAAUAAAAAUGGUGGCCACUUUUGGAGUUCUUCCUCCUCCCUGACAAAAAAAAUAAUGCAAUUGUGUUCAGACGUUUUAUGGAUUAUUUAGCAUAAAGCUGAUUUGUUUCUACUAACAUGACUUUGCUUGAUUGGUUACCUCCAAUCUCCCAGCAGCCAUUUGGAACCAUAAUGGAGGACUCAUCAAAAACUUGGUUGUAGUCAGUUGACAUUAAUUCAUCUAUGGAAGAUAUGGGUUGUCACGAUACCAGAACUUUAAACUUUGAUAUGAUACUGGUAAAAAUCAAUGUAUUGAAAGUAUGUCAGGAGAGCACACCAAAACAUAUAUUUAUUGAAUUUCCACUUGUUUAUAAUGCCGCAGGUGUAUUCGGGCAAAUCCCUGAAGCCACUGAAGAAAGAUUCUGUCCAAAACAUCAACAAAAAAGUGAAAAUUUAAAAUGUUGAUGUCCUCUCCUGAAAUACUUUUGAUACAUUUUUUUGGUUGAGGGAUCCACACCCAGUAAAGUUACUGAGGGUGAACACAUUUUUGGGAUUUUGUUACUUACGAUACCUCUUUAAUACCACGGCAACAAAAAUGUAAGGCCAAUAGUGGGUACUUUUUAAUUUCAAUUCAAUCCUGCACACUGUCUUAAUUGCGCAAAAAAACAUUGGCUUCUGUACGUAAUUGUGCAAAAGAGUUUGCCUGCAAUUUUCAUUCCUCUCCUAUGAAGUAAGACUUUCAAUCAAUAAAAUAAGAGGUUAUAUUGCUUUAAAACAUGCGGUAUCAAAGAAGUAUGGAAAAUUUAGACAACCUUAAUGGACGCUAGCUUCAUUGAAAUGAUGGUUAGCUUUCCAAGAAACUAACAAGCUUAAAAAUAUCAGUCAGCAGACAGUUUACAUGCUAAAUAUUAGGUUUAUCUAACUGUAAAGCUAACAGUUAACCUCAGAAUGAAUACAACUUUCUGUAUUUUAUAGACAUGCCAUAUAGAAGUGAUGAAGACCUCCAGAAUAGCUCCAAAUGGUUCGGCUGCAGCCUGUCUGUUUAAAAGUGAAGCUAACACAUUAAAGAAGAUGAUCACUUUAGCUACAAACGUGUUUAAAUAUAAAAUUAUUUCCUUCACAUUUGUAUAACCAGAGUUACUUCAGCUAAUAAGUUUUAUUUUCAUGGCUGUUCUCAUAAGCACACGGUACCUGAAUGAGAAACGUUCAGCUUCUCACCGUUAUAGAAAUGCACUAAUGGUUAUAUUUUGAUAUAAAAAGUUUUGACAUGUUGUGACGAGCAAAAAGAGGCCAAGUACUGAAUUAUUUAAAUUAGAGAUGUGUGUAAUUACUAGUCGUCACCCUCGCUAGUCGGCUCCAGAAUGAAUAAUCAAUUAAAGGCAUCCGGUUAAUGGGCCUGCGCUCGCUCUACUACCCGGAUGUAAACAAGCACAGUGAACGGAUGGCAUGUCGUAGGAGCAUCACAGUUUGUCAGUAUUUUGAUCUAGGAAAUAAAGAUAAAGUUGUAUGAAGACUGUCAGGUAAAACUGACAUAUCGACCAGAGCACAGGCAUGUUUGUUAAGCUGCAGGGAGAACCAGAAGCUGGUGGUGCUAGCAUGGCUAACGUUAGCCAAGUAACAUUGUUUACCCGCAGAGAAAAACUGAUUACGCUUAAUUUUGACUGUUCUGAGUGUUGUUUUUUACCUUUAGACUAGUCUGUUAGUCUAACUUUGAAUUUGCAUUUAAUCAGCUUUGAAAAUAGUCUACUAAAAACUGUAAUUUGGGUUUGCUGUUUUCAAACUUAAAGCUACUGUGUGUUUUUUUUUUGGCUGGUUAUGAGACUGACUGAAAUUAAUGCUGAUGUCUCCAUACGACCUAAAAAAAGGAAUGAGAUCAUCAGCAUACUUUUUUUUUUCUUCCUUUUAGUACAUUGUAAUGCCUGAAACCACUGCCAGAGGGGUAGGUGAUGGAUAAAUACAGUCGCAUACAGAAUGGGGCAGUAUGCACAUAGUUUGCAAAAUUGCCAAUGAGCAGCAAAAAGCAACCAUGGCAACCACUCGAAGUCUUACUCCAUCCUGCUAACUGUGGACCCUUUUUCCUACUUCCACAUUCAUUGUGCAGCUAAGAAAAAUAAAUGGGCCCGUGCUGCGCAGAUAUGACGUUUUUUUUAAAGCGACAGGAGCUGUUUAGAGUUACGUCAUAUAGUGGUCCACUUCUUUGUUUGAGCAUGGUUGUGCUCCUGUGGAUCCAGGGCCAGAGACCACCUCUUCAGGCGGACUUGGGCACAGUACCUGAGUUCAGUACGUUAGUCUUCACACUGAUUAAAUGAAUCGGACUUUGGGGUUAAGUGUACUCAGAUCUGGACCCCGGUCCCUCGUGUGAAACCACACUUAGAAAGCAGGAGGAGAUUUUAUUUUAAAAUAUUGCCUAUUUAUACCUGAACAUGUUUCAGUAAAGUGUUAAGGGGUACAAAUCUCUCCACAGGGGGUGCCAAAAUCAACAAAAAAGCUAAAGUUACUCACAGGAGCUUUAACAAAAAUGUGAAUUUCAUUUGUAUUCUUAUUCUUUUUUUAAUUUAUAUUGAGUAACUGCAUUGUAUCCUGAAAUGCAAUGUGACUGUUUUUGGAGAAAAUCUGAAGGGCUAAAGACACGAGAUAAUGUUAUGAAAAUAAAUAGAUUUAUUAGUCUUCUUCAGCUGUUUAUCAUAGACGGUUCAGGAAAAUCACUCUGUUUGUAAUCUUGAGAGCAACUAAAAACUGAGGAAUGUGGAUUUUUUUUUUCUCUGCCCACAACACUUCCAAAUAACGUAAUUUGCCCGACCAUGAGCAGCUGAAACAGAAUGAACAGAGACGUCUUCUCUGGCACUCUGCCUUUAAAUGACUGAUGUUUUGAAUGUGAAUAUUUAGGAUGUUUUAUUUGUAUUCUUUGAGUUAACUCUGGCAGAGUCAUGAGCUUUUGUUGUAACAUUUCCCGUAGAGGUUUUUUCACUUUGUGCCGAUGUGAAUGUAUGACGGGUUUAAUGAAUACAUUUAUUAUGACUUGUGUAUGAUCUCUGACAGCGUUAAAGACUGAGUUAAUAAACGUUGGGGAUGCUG